AUGGCAUCCUCUGUGCCGGCAACGACGGCCACGGCCACUUCGCCGCCCUUCACCCUGGACACGGGCACCGCGCUGUCCCUUGCCAUCGCCUUCUCCCUCAUGCCAUCAGCUCAACUCCUCGCAGCCAAAGUCCUGAGACCUGCCACCCCUCGGAAAUACUACCUCCUUUUCCUGUGGCACGCAUAUGACUUCCUCACGCAUUUCAUCAUAGAGGGUAGCUAUCUAUACCACUGCUUCUUCUCGUACGCCGAAUUGCCCGCCUCGACCUCGCAAAAGCAUGCUGCAGGAAGCGCUGAAGCACAAGCAUACCUAUUCAACCGGCCGGACCGUCGCUACGGCGCCCUGUAUUCGCAAGCACCCAUGGCGAGGCUAUGGCAGGAAUAUGCAAAAGCUGAUCGACGAUGGGGAGGAGCUGACCUGACUGUGAUAUCGUUGGAAGUUCUCACUGUGGGCCUGGCUGGACCUGUCGCUGUGUACAUAUGCUAUCUUAUAGCCAAAGUCGUCAACUCUGAUGAUCAAGUGGUCAGAGCUCGAUACCAGUCUCGACUCUGGUUUGCGGCGGUCAUGCUCGCAACCGGAGAACUCUAUGGUGGCUUCAUGACCUUUGCACCCGAAUGGUUGAGUGGCAACACUGCGCUGGCUGGAGAGGAUCCGGUAUAUCUCUGGCUCUAUCUGGUCUUUUUCAACACCUUGUGGGUUUUCAUACCUUUCUGGGUCCUUCACGUCGCAUAUAAGGAGAUUUCCAACACCUUCAGCCUAGCAUAUGCACAGACGUCGACCAAAAAGUUCAAGUGA